AUGGCAGACCAAGGUUCUGGUAAUAAUAUGGGAGACAAAAUCAAGGCCGCCACACAGCCAGGAGAUUCUAAGACAACAACCCAAAAGCUCUCCGAGAUGGUGCAACAGGGUGUUGAGAGUGCGAAGCAGACUGGCGGGGGAGCUGCAGAGGCAGCUAAGAACACUGCAUCCAAGGUUUCAGGUGCAAUUGGCGAUGGUGGUAAGCAUACAUAUCCCAAGACAAACGAUGCACCUCUGCUGAUGUGA